GUUUGGAACAAAUACCUGCACGGCCAUAUGUGUGCCAGAGGCAAUGUAUAGGAAGUUGUAAAGGGAAAGGGAGUCUGCUCUUCAUCUUGAUGUCAUCAUCUUGGAUCAGUGUAGGUUCUUGGCACUGAAUUCUGUGUCUCUUAAGCUUACAGUUCCUAGAGUCAGUGUCAAACUACUAAAGUGUUGAAAAAUGUGAUUCAAGCUGUCACGCAAUUGUAAGUGUAUCUGGUCCCACCUUGUGGGGAAACCAUUUCUCUUUCUAUUAAAUAUUUGGUACAGCAUCACAGGAAGUAGUUGGGCACUUGUUGUACCUGGGAAAGCUCAGUGAAGAUACAGAUGUAAUUGAGCUAAGGAGUAGGCACAAAUCUAGAAAAGUUUACUUGCACAUUCCUCCCACACGCUGUUAAUUGAAGUGCCUACAGUGUGUUGGCUGUGAACAGUUUCUAUGGAGUUGUUUCUCCUAAACGCAGUCACUUCCUUUGUGAUAUCAUGGGCUAGUGUGAGAGUUACUGCACUGACUCCAUUCUCUGCAGAAAUUCAUCAGGGAGUAAGCAGUCUCGGUACAAGUGUCUGUCUAGAUGUCCAGGCAUGCACAAAAGCUUAGAGAUCACGAUAUAAAUCCAUGUGUAGCGGAAACAGAUGCCACUACAAAAUGUCUGGAUGAAAACAACUAUAAGAAGGAUAUGUGUACUGCUUAUUUUUUGAAGUACAAAAACUGCAGAAAAUUCUGGCAUGCCAUUAUGAUGCAAAGGAGAAGAAAUGGUGUGAAACCAGAGAUGCCCUCAGCAGACGAGAGAAAGAAAAUCUUGGAAUCAAUGGGGAAGCCCUACUGACUAGAAACUUGAAUUGACUGUUUUCUCUGUACAUAUGAAGACUUACCAGCAGCAAGUUACUGUUUUAUGAACUGAACUCUACAGUUGUCAUAUCUUGGAUUAAAAUAAGAUCUUAAGUUUUGAAAUGUGUGAGCUUUCUAGGAUAGAGCUUCCUGGUUUGAUUCAUACUUCCUGUCAUGGGAACUUGGCCUUUUACUGGAAGACAUGAGUAUCAACGCAAGUUAUGUCUAGAUACUUUUGGAAGUAGAAACUAACUUGCUGUGAAAUGCUAAAUAUAAAAUUAAUGGGACCUGCAGAAAGUCUGAGUAAAAAGAGAGGGUGAUAAGUGUUGCAGUGUGAUUCUAAGACUGGAGCAGGUUGAGAAGCUGGUACAUGCAACGUGUUUCAUGCACCUGGCUAUUCUGCCCAACAGUAUGGAUUUACCAUGUGUGGUCUUAUCACUCUUUCCACAUGUGU